AUGCGUAGACAUGUAUUCCUACGCAUAGUGCAAGUUCUAGAAAAUCAUUCGGAGUAUUUCCAUAUGAGGUUUGAUGCAGUCGGUAGAAGGGGGCUUUCGCCAUUACAGAAGUGCACCGCUGCUAUGCGAAUGUUGGCAUAUGGAGUGCCUGUCGAUUAUGUUGAUGAGUAUGUUCGAAUUAGUAAAAUUACCGUUAUUGAAUGUCUAGUCAAUUUCGUUCGAGGAGUGAAUGAUAUUUUUGGGACCGAAUAUUUAAGAUGGCCCAAUGCUGGGGACAUUCGUCGCUUACUUCAAAUGGGGGAGGUGCAUGGUUUUCCAGGCAUGUUGGGAAGCAUUGAUUGUAUGCACUGGGAAUGGAAAAAUUGCCCAGUAGCAUGGAAAGGUCAAUUCACGCGAGGUGAUCACGGCAGACCAACAAUCAUGCUCGAAGCAGUUGCGUCACAAGAUCUUUGGAUAUGGCAUGCAUUUUUUCGUGUUCCAGGAUCCAAUAAUGAUCUCAACGUGUUAAAUCAAUCCCCAAUAUUCACUGAUAUCUUACAAGGGCAAACUCCGAGAGUUGAGUUUACAAUAAAUGGCACACAAUACAACAAGGGGUACUAUCUAGCAGAUGGUAUCUAUCCAGAGUGGGGUACAUUUGUUAAAACUAUCCCACUGCCUCAAGGAGAGAAAAGAAAAUUAUUUGCCCGAUGCCAAGAAGCGGUACGCAAAGAUGUUGAGCGAGCAUUCGGAGUACUUCAAUCUCGUUUUGCUAUUGUACGAGGACCAGCACGUUUUUGGCAAAGAGAUGUUCUCAAAGAUAUUAUGUAUGCAUGCAUCAUAUUGCACAACAUUAUUGUCAAUGAUGAAAAAGAUGCAUAUGAGAGUUUGUUUGAUUUUAAUUAG